AUUGGAUACGCAUAACACAAUGCGAUUAAAUAGAGACCGGGUACUACAAUUUUUUUGGUGACCGUCUCUCGCCAACGUUUAGGUUAGUUUACUCGGACUGGCAUUGCUGUACAGCGAGUAGUCUCGCCAGAAAAAUCGCGGAAACACAACACGUGUAGUCAUAUCGCAUAUUAUUUUAUUAUUAAGUUUACUUACAUUGUAAGUAUAUUGUAAGCAAUUUCGACUCGAACGGUUUCCCUCGGUUUAUAAACGUAAAUUAAUUUAUUAAAUUAAAUUAUAACUGGAACUUCUUACCUAAUAAUAUAUAACAUUUUAUACAUAAAUAUAUAUAAUAUAUUUUUUUUAUAAAGUUAAUUAAUUUUUUUUUUUUUUUUUUUUAUUUUUUUUUUUUUUUUUUUUUUUUUUUUUUUGUAACGACUUCAAAAUGAUUAUUAUAGGAAACAUAAAACGAUUUAACUCGGGUCAUUUUAGACAAUUGUUCGCAGCGACUGCAGGUGAGUACAUACAGGCAGAUAAUAUCUUUGUAUAAAUUAAUAUAAUAUUAAUUAUUAAUUAUUCCCCUUAAAAAUAAUAAGUAUAAAAGUCAUCGUUUUAUUUUGAAACGUUUCUAUAUUAUACAAUAACCCCACGUUCAAUAAUAAUUUUUAAAAUUAAAACAAUUAAAUAGAUAUAGGGUAAGGUAUUUUGAAUAAUAUAAAAUAUUAAUAAUUUUUCGUAGAAUAUAAUGUACACAUUCAGAACAUAGAAUAUUAACACAGCAUAUGGUAAAUAUAAUUUUUCAAAGUAUAAUAAAAUAAGUAACUAAAUAGUAUUUUAACUAAAUGUAUUGUUUGCUAGACGUUUUUAAUUAAAUUAUAACUAUUUCACAUUAAUAUUAUUAUUUAAAUAUAGUCUAUAGCAACGGAUAACACGAAUGAAAUUAAACACAUUUAUUCAAGUAGAUGGUAUUACGCGAUAUUCUGAAACACUAAAAAAUUAUGCUUUUAUUUAAAUUCUAUAUUUUUAGUCAAAAACCGAAAACCCAGUAAUAAUAAUAAACUAAAUUAAAAUUUUAAAAUGAAAUAAUAAAUGCUUAAGCACGAUGUUCAGAUUUAAAAUUGAUGUUGAACAUUUAUACCUAUCUAAUAUUAUUUUAAAACUUGGUAGGUAGUAUUUUUAUACACAACGACUUACCCGUACAUUAUCUCAAGUUCAUGAAGUUCAUGUUGUAAAAUUAAAAUUACGCUUAAAUAGAGCGCGUGCAAUAAUAUUAUCGAUAAUUUUGAUUUUAAAAUUGCUGUAUAUAUAUUUAUACCUACCUGGUAGGGGUCAAAAAAAAAAAAAACACAAUUAUAUACGUUAUAUUAGAAAAACACAUUUUAUUAUGCACCUACUUAAUAGUAAAUAUAUGGAAGGAAUAAAAACGGGACUACUAUGAAAGUAUAAUAUAAAAUAAAUAGUGUAUAAUACACAUAGAAACAAUAAACUUUAAAAGUUAAUCGAAUUUUUGUUCAACUAUAACUUUGUAUGUUAUAUUUUGUAUUAUUAUCAUAAAAAGAGGACAAAAAAAAUUUCAAGCGGAUCGCAAUAAAUACGAGUUGAUCAUUAUUUUAACACUGAGCCGUGUAAGUACCUACACGACGCAAGUAGGAAGGAAAGAGUUAAAAUAAUGCGUCUGGUCAGCGUUUUGUUUAAAUCAACAUAUUUUUUUUUUUAAUUUUAAUUAUGCGUGUUUAUAACAAACAUGUAGGUAUAUAUAUUUAUAUACAUAUAGCUAUUAACAUAUUAUACAGAUAUAUUUCAGCGGUGUACAACACAAACUUUAUACGCAGGGUGUAUCUGCAGUAAUUUACACUUGUAGUUACUGUUCACGGAUAGGUUAGGUUAUGUUAGGAUAAUAGGUUGUAGGUGAGACGUUGGGAAGGUAGGAUAUAAAUGAAGAGUAAUUUAGUUUGUAUACUGUGUGUAACGAUAAACAAUGUUGCUAAUGAAACAAAUAUUCCGAAUGGAGUAGUAUUAAUCAGGUUUUCCUUUAUUGUUGCCCUGGGACCCUAAUUAAUGAAAUCAACAAAAAAUUUCCCGUUUUCCUAAUUAUUAAGAACACUAACUACAAAGAUAAUAAAAAAUGACCACCUCAAUACACAAAAUAGAUCCAAAAUUCUACAAGAAAGUUCCUAUAAAGAUUUUUAUUAGAGUAAUAUUUCUAGUGGAAAAAUGGUUAGCAAAGAAAAAAUAAUUUUAAAAACAGUAAAAAAAUCACUAAAAUGGGUUGAAAAUUAUACAACACCUAAAAAAGGUUAAUACAAAAAUUCUGUUAAAAAUUCAGUUCUUUACAGUUAUUUAUAACCGAAAAUAUGAACCCGGUAAUGUCGUAAACUUUCCUGUAUUUCCUACGUUUUUUCUUAGGCUCGGGUCUUCGCAAUUUUUGAUAAAAUUAUACGGAACAUCAACAACGAAUAGCUCCUUCACCAACUAGACAAACUUUACUUUCCGAAAAUAUGCUUCUCUUGAAAUUCAGAGCAAUGUUUCUGAUAAAAACAAAUAUCGAACAAUUUUAAAUAAUGAAAUCAUUAUCACCGUAAAUAUUUAUUCGUUUUUCCCAAUGAAAACCGGAAAAUCAAAAAAUUGACAACAAGAUCCAAAGUGCAAGAAAAAAAUGUAAUUUUAUUUUUAUUCGAGUAAUACUUCUAAUAAAAAAAAGGUCGCUAACAGAUGCACACAAAACAAAUAAGCACUCCGCCAUAAUAAAACUACUACAUUCCUCGUCCGCUCAGAAUUUAAAACUUAAAACGAUCGCGAUUAAUACAAUAGUACUAUUUUCUUGUGCAGUGUUUCAAAUAUUAUGGUAGUUACAUAAUAAUUUACCAAGUACGUGUACUUUUACUAGUAUUAAACAAAACCGUUCGUUAUCCCAUCACAGAAUACCUAUACUACUUCAUAUCAAAAUGAAUUAAUAAUCGAAUAUGUUCUAUAUACAUUAUUAUACAUUUAUUAUUGAAGAAACGUGAAUCAAAGAUAAAGCGCGUGCGGAAUUUACAUUCACAUCAUAAUAUAAAAUCUGAUCCCUUAGAAGAAGAAAAAAGUUACGAGUAUAUAUAUAUGGGUAUUGCUCGUACUAUCCUCGCUACGGUGAGUCGACAAGGGUCUGGAUUUAAAUUAUUAUAGGUACUUGGAUAUAUAAUAUAAAAAUAGGUACGCGUGCAUUUUGAAAAACAGCAUUCUGAUAAAGAUCUGCAUCGUAUAUAUGUGUACAUAUCAUACAUACAUAUUUUAUAUAAAUGGCGAAUAUUAUUAUAUAUAAACAUAAAUAACAUACGGUAGGUAUAGGUAUGCAUUAUAGGCGUCUUGUGUAUAAACAUAUAAGAAAUCUACGUUUAUAGUCGAUUUGCAAUGCGGACGAAUGCAAAUAAAAAAAAAAAUACACUUAUAAAAUUGAUAAAAAAAAAAAUAAUAAUAAUAAUAAUAAUAAUAAUAAUAAUAAAAUAAAAAAAUGCUCGUAUUACCGUACGCGUACGACUUGUGCCGCAGACGGCUGCGGCGCGGCGUCGUCGCGUGUAUAAAUUAUACGCGCAGAGUCGGCCCCGAGACAGAAAAAUAGAAAUUCGCAACGGUGCGGGGCACGCGUAUUUUAACAUAUAUAUAUAUAUAUAUAAGUAUAACCGGCGGUGUCGUAAAUUUUAUAAAAACCUUUAUGCACCUUAUCUACUGUACACCUUAUAACGUAUAUGAUAAUAUAAUAUACGAUAAACGUUGCUUGCAGUUUCUGGCACCGUUGAAAAAUAUAUAGCCGGGUACUGGAAUGAAAUUAACAUUUUUAUACCGCCGCGCCGGUGCAGGAAAUCGAAAAAAGCGGGGAAAAACGGAAAGUAAAAAGUAAAAUCGCAUUUGUUCACGAUAAUAUCGACACGGACACUCAAACGCAGUUAGGUACAUUAAUAUUUUCUAUAACCACGAAACAAAUCGCAUUGUUUAUUGUAUGUGCCACAAUAAUCAGCUCGGUGGUCCCAUCCUCGUUGUUGUUAUUAUAAUAAUAAUCGAUUUGUUCUUGCUUUUUAAUAUUUAUUAUUAUUAAGUAAUGGAGUAAUUUUUUUAGAUUGACUUUAAAAUACUUUUAAAUUAAUUCAUUGAUGGUUUUUAUAUUGAUGUACAAAAUUGGUAAAUAAAUUGGGAAGGGGGGAUCUCAGCUCUUAUUCCAUCUAUAUUCUAAGAAGUAAGGACUUUUUUUAUACGCCGUUUAGGAAAAUCCGGUCCUGGUUACACUGAUAAUGCUGAUAAUAUCAUGUUUAACGAAUGAACAACACCAGUAAACAACAUUCGUGUAAUAUGUUUACUGAAUCUGACAAAAAGUUGGUCGAAAAAUCAAAAAUGUAUUCAUGUAACAAACGUUUGUAUUAAACUGUCUCACCAAAACGAAAUGUUUACUAAAAUUGACUUUGGCGAGACGCCUAUUAUAAUAUUGUGAUUCGUAGCGUCAGUGGCAUAUAAAUAAUAUAAAAUGCUGAUAUUACUAAUAGUUGUGCCACUGUUGUAGAUAGGAAUUAGGCUAUACAUAUAUAGACUUAUUUAUUUUACAUUUGUAUACAGCGAUAAAUCAUUACGAACGAAAUAUGAAACAUAUACUAAGAGAAGUUUGGUUACAUAUUAUUAUGUUUUGAAAAGUGAUUUUUUUAAGAUUUUCGUCAAAAUUUGAAAUUAUAAAAGCUUUUAAAAAAAUUCUAUAGCAUUAUGCCCAACUAUGUACUAUAUUUAUGAUGAACCUAAUGUAAAAUUUCCAAACAUUUCUGCUUGACCAAAACAAUUUUAUUCGCAUAAAACUGAAUAACAGCAAAACGCCAAAAUUACAAAUAAUGAAACCAUUAUUAUCGUAAAUUUACCGAUUUUCCCUACCGUUUUCUUCUCAGUUAUCAACAAAAUUACAAAGUUAAUGAAAUAAUGAUAUACCCAAUGGCAAGAUGUGCUUUCAGAAAAAUAAUUUUCAAAACAUUCUGACGAUUUUUUAGUUAAGUAUAGCUAUUUGAAUUUAUUUAGUUUUGGAGUUUUUAUUUGGUUCUGUGUAUACAAAUGUGUUGGUUUCUCAAAAAUGCUCGAUAAUUUUCAUAUUUUAUUCUCUAUGCCUCUUUAUUCACACAUUCAGGUAUUAUAAUAAUUAUUGCUCGAAUACCGAAUACCUACUCACAACAAAACUGUAAGUAUGAUAAAACGUCUACAUAUGUAAAAUAUAUAUUUUUUUUUUUUACUAUUGACAUUGCAGUAUUUUUAUUGCGAUGUAAAAUAUUUUUAGCGCACAAUUCGAAAACGAUACUUCAUUUCCGAAAAUGUACAAAAUGUAGAAAAUAUUCAAAAAAUAACACAUUAUUCAUAAUAUACUCCUCAUAAUUGAUAUCACUUAUUAUAUAAUUUGUACGGUCUAAUACUAAAACCAAGACAUUAAAAUAUAUUUUUAUGUACCCACUGUAGUGUUUCAUAUUUUUUUCUAACUCUUUUUAUCUCGCCUGCUAUUUCAAAACAUAAAUUCCAUAAUAAUAUUUUAAUAUAAAUAUAUUGAGGUAACUACUAUUACAUAGUAUACUAAUACCAUUUAAGCAAUGUAAAUGUUAAAAUAUGAAAAUAAAUGUAUUUUCUUAAUAAAUAACCUAUGAAACGGUGUUCAAAAUUUUAAAGUUAUUUAUUAUCAGUUAAGUAGUAGAUAGGUACCUAUAUAUUUAAAUUGAAUUAGUUUUUUGGAAACCAAUUAUAUAAUAAUUCAAAUUCUUUUACGAUAAAAACCAAACGAAAUAUUAUUAUGUAAAAAUUAAUUGAGAAAUAUUUUUCACGAAUAAAAUCAUACGUCGUAAAAACACGAGUACAUACCACACUACCGUUUUUUUAUUAAAUAUUUUUGGACAGCUAACUACUUAUACAAGUCUAUUUAAUAAUUUGUUGCAAAUUAAUUAUUAUCAAAUGAAAUGCGAAGAUCAUAGUAAUAUCGCUACUGUAUAGGUAAAUAUUCAAAACGUAGAAAAUCAAAAUUCUUAUCGAAUGAUUUAGAAAAUUGCUGUAGAUCGGGACUAAGGUCGUGUUAAAAUGUAUUCCUUGAUAAGAUUUAACAUAAAUCACUAUCAUCACAUAUUUGACAAUCAACUACCUAUGGUGUAUUACGCAAUUUUUCUUAAGAUACUUAAAUAUUGUGCACUAUAAUGAAACGAAUAUAUUAACUAGGUGUUAAAUAUAUUGAGCAUUAUAUUUCUUAUGUUUACUGUGAAAUAAUAUUUAUCACUAUAGCUAUCCGCAUGACCAGUAUUGAACGAAAGAAAAAUAAAAAGAUGCUUCCCACGUCCCUAUUACCGUUAAUCGCUGUUACCCGGUAAUUAAUGAUUUUUUAAAGGGUACAUCCUUAUCCGUGACAACCGAAUCAAAUAAUAAUAAAACUGUUCUUUCGGUCAUUUCACCGAAGUAACCAUAAAUAAUAAAUAAAAAAAAAAAGCUGUCCUAGGAUAAUGGGGACGGAUGCAGUCACUGUUGUGGGCGGGUAGUGGUUAAGGUGAGAUACGUAAAGUUAUUUAAUUUAUAACUGUAAUCAACGAUAAACGAUUCGAAGCAAAGUUCGGUACUUACAUAAUAUUUAUACUUAAUACAUAAUAUUUCGAAAGGCCGUGUUAUUUACGAUUGUCAAAAAAUUUGACAUAAAACUUAUAAAAAAAAAAAAAAAAAUACUAAAUUAAGCUCAAUUUUUUUUUUUUUUUUUGACUACAAGUAUGACUUCUAAUGAACCUCCUGUUAAAUUUUCAGGCAUUUUUGUUUAGUCUGACAAUUUUAUCCACAGAGUACCUACCGAACAUAAAUUACGUAAAAACUAACAAAACUAAAAUGUCUAUAAAUAACUCAAAAGUUACUCAAUUGUAUCAUGUACAGAAAAAGUAAAUAUACAUUUUUUGUCAAAAUUUCAAGUCUCUAAGAAUAUUUUAACCUGAAUUACAACGAAAAAACAAAGUUGAAAAUAAUCCAAUUAUAUUCGUAAAAUUUCUUGUUAUAUCUACGUAUUUUUCGGUUAUACAUAAAUAUUAAUUAAACUACAUAAAUAGAUGUACAACUCAUAAAUUAAAUCAAAAAUUCAAUAAAUUAAAGUCUCUUGUCGUUUAUCUAUUGUAGUAAUAUUUAGGGUAGAAAACAUAAGCCGUAAAAAUUAAAAAUAAUGAAAUCAUUGUGCCGUAAAUUGAAAAAUAUUUCGUAUUUUUAGAUUUUUCCCAAUUAUUAUGAAAAAUACUUCAGAAAUCAAAACUUAAUAAAAGUAUCAAAAAAUGGCCAUUUCAAUGCACUUAUCUGAUUAAAUUUACUUUUAGAAAAAUUGCUACACUUUAUACUCCGGAGCAACAUUCUCUUCGAAAAGUUGUUUACAAAUAGAUAAAAUAAAAAAAACAAACCGAUACAUACUUCAUACGAAGGGUGGGCUACUGUUGCAGGUGAGAAGUUAGAAAGCUAGAGUAGAAAUUUAAUACAUGUCUGUACGCAACGAUGUACAGUUGUUAACAAAAAACGUUUCUGAGCGGAAUUCGAUUAUAUAUUUUGAAAGGACGUAAUAUUUACGAUUUGAAAAUAAAUGGUCCUGUUUUUCCUAUUUUUUUCCCGGUGUUUCUUAUUUAUUAUGAAAAUCCUUGGAAAAUCAAAAAAUGACCUCGCUACGCUCGGAAUCUAAAACAAAAAUUGGUUAUUAAAUUGUCAUUACCUAAGUUUAUUUAUAUUUAGUCGUUAAUAUAAAUGUACUUAUAUCCUCUAUACGUCAUAGGUAAACAUAAUUUAUACAAUAAAAACAGUUGAAGGGUAUUAAUACACUUAAUCCGGUCGAAUAAAUUGACUCCGGUUAUUAAUAGGACCCUACGGCCUACACGCACAGGAAAUCAUAAUCAACAUUAUUAAUAAUGAUAAAAUAUGUUGUUGUUAUUCCAGCGAAUCUCGUCUCGUUUACGUAUGGAGUGUACACGGGAUGGUCGGCGACAGUGACGCCCAAACUCCAAGAUCCCAAGACAACACCUCUGGAGACGGUGAUGACCAACGAGUCCCUUUCGUGGAUGUGCAGCUGGGGCAUGUUCAGUGCCAUAUUUGGGUCGUUUAUCUGGGGAUUUGUGGCGAACAAAUACGGCCGAAAGGCGACCGGUUUUUUCACUAUGAUACCGUAUCUGGUCAGCUGGAUCAUACUUUUGCAGAUCAAAACAGAAACAGCGCUGAUGGUGUCUCGAUUCCUGGGUGGCCUGGGUGGCAGUGGAGCGGCUAUCAACAUUCCCCUGUACGUGGCCGAGAUCAGCAAUAAGGACAUGAAAGCGGGUCUCGGCUCGUUGUUCAUACUCAUGUACAACAUCGGCGUACUGUAUGCGUACAUAUUCGGCGUGUUCGUCAGUUACGAUUCAUUCAACGUGGCGUGUCUAAUGAUCACUGUACUGUACAUGUUCGUCUGGUGUUGCGUGCCGGAGUCACCCGUGUUUUACAUUCAGCAGAACCAGAUGGACUAUGCCAAGAAGUCGGUCCAGUGGUUACAGGGAAAAGACACCGUCGACAAUGAGCUCUCAGAGUUGACGAACAGUGGCGACCACAUGUCCGCGGCCACCACAGCGGACUACACGGACAAGCGCUUAAUCAAGGCACUGAUCAUUGGCAUCGUAUUCCAGUCGGGUACACAGUUGAGCGGCAUCAACGUCAUACUCAUGGACACGGUCAAUAUUUUCAAGCGGAGCGGCGGCACACUAGGGUCGGAAUAUUGCACUAUGCUUGUGGGUGUGGUUCAGGUAGUAGGCUCAAUAAUCGCGGUGUGCACGGUCAACAGAGCCAGCCGGAAGUUCUUUCUGAUAUCCACGUACGCACUUACCUCGUUGGCGCUGAUAACAAUCGGAUGUUGUUUCUACGCCACUAAUGUGAUGUUAAUAACCCAGGGCACUGGUAUAAUACCCGUGCUCAGCCUGUCCCUGCACGUGAUGGCUUUUUCGCUCGGCCUGGGAAUGGUACCCUACAUAAUAUACGCGGAAAUAUUCCCGGCUAACGUACGUAACAUGUGCAUGUCCAUACUAAUGGUCUGGAAUAACGUGCUGGGCUUCGCUGUGCUCAAGGGAUACCCGAAAAUGACGGAACUGAUGGGCGAAUUCGGCUACUACUGGAUGUUCGGCUUAGUGUGUCUGGCUAUUGUGCCAUUCACGUAUUUCUUCGUCCCGGAGACCAAGGGCAAAACGAUAAAGGAUAUCCUCGAAGAUCUCCUCUUGUGGUUCCCCGACUUCGGAAAUAGAAAUACGGUCGACAUUACUACGAAGACGGAGCAAAAAAUCUGCGAUAAUAAAAACAAUCAUAAGCUUACGAAACAAAUAAAUGACAUAAUAUAGGAAACCAGCAUGGUUAUACGUUCCUGUAUAUUACAUAAUAUAUAUAUAUAUUGCAUGUUACUGGUAAUGUUAGCAAUUAGAAAAUGAUAACAAUUCCUAACACGGUAAGAAAAUUAUAACCAUAAUUAUUAUUUAUUUUUUUAUUUUUUUUUUGCUUAGGCCAGAUCAUAAUUAUAUUAGGACAUUAAACACAAUAUAUACAAUAAAUACCAACAGUGCUAAGCACUCAAUCCAGAUCACGGUUAUCUAUGGUUAGAUUAUCAUGAUCCGUAUCAAUCCGGUAUCCGGAUUGAAAAAAAUAGUAAUAAUCCGUAGAAUUCGGAUUAUAGUGGCCAAUCCGGAUUGAUGGAUUAUUCAUCCAGAUCAAUGAUUCAAUUUGCUUACAACCAUACAUUAAUGUAUAUCAAUUAAUUAUUUCAAUCAAAAUGAAAAAAAAUCCCUUUACAACUGGCAACACUGGCAAUCCAUUAACUUAAUAAUAAAAAAUCCUAUGCCGAUUCAUUCAGAUCCAGAAUACGGAUAAUUUUCGGAUGUUUUUGCUCAAUACUGGUUUGAGUUUAAGUUGAAUCACAUUAAAAAUAGCAUAACAAAUUGCGUUUACAGUGUUCCAACGGUAUUUACUCUGGUUGUAAUAGUUUUGAAUUAAAAAUUAUUUCAUCAAAUUAAAGACAACAUCGUUUAAUAUGUUUAAAAGGGGGAUAAAUUAUAAACAUUUUUAACAUUUAAUAACAUGAUAACGUGAUAACAUUAACAUGGCAAAAAUAUAAUAACUGUAUUAGGAAUUGUCAUAAUUUCUUAAAUUGUAAACAUGUAUGGUAAUGAAACAUAUUAUAUAAUAUAAAUAUUUAUGUUACGGUUAAUGUUUUAAAAUCGAUUAAUGCAGUUAAAUUUAUAAUUAACCCGUUUAUACUGUUAGUUUUAAUAUUAGACUGUGUUUUAAUUUUUAACCGAGUUACGAAUGUGUGAAAUAUUACAAUUUAAAAAUCUGGCUUAAAUAUUAAAAUAUCGAAAAAAAACCAACGUAAAAAAAACAGAGAGUUUUCUUACCAUUAAGUUUGAUUAUAUAGGCUAAUACGCUCUAAUAUUAAAACUAACGGCACAAAAUCGAUUUUUAUAUAAGUACAAUAAGUAUAAAUAUAACGACAUUAACCGAUUCUACAAUAUUAACCGUAACAUAUAUAAUUAUAGCGAAAUAUAAAGACCACAGUGUCUUUGAUAAUAAUAUGUAAAUAUACUAAAUUUCCAUCUAGGGAGAAAAAAUCUUCAAUAAAUCUAAUUUUUUUUACGAAUUUACUUGUGUCAAUUUGUAUUCAUUACUUUUUUUUUCGAUUUAUUUGAACUAAUAUACUAUUUUGUGGAUAUAUAUAUAUUAUGGUGAUAUAUUUUAAACAUGAUAAUAUUGCUGUAAUGAUUAUAUAGAUAUACAACUAUACAAGUAUUAUGAAUAAUAUAUUUAAGUGAUUAAUUUUAUACGCCUACCAAACUCAAUUUUAAAUUUAAAAAAAAAUUUCGUUAAAACGAAGACAAUUUACGUAUAUAUAUAUAUAAUAUUAUAUUUUUUUUAAUACGAUAAGAUAGUAAUUUACACCGUUUAUCAUUUAAUCAUUCGAUUUAGUAUUUAAAUUUAAUAUAUAUGUUUAUAUAUUUGUAAAAAUGUAUUAGGUUUAUUAUAUAUUAUAUAACAUUUAAGUAUUUAGAAAAUAUGAAGUGUAUACCACUGUUAUCCACGGUAGAUAACUGUGAUAUAUACUUUAUUAUUAUUAUUAUUGAAUAUUGCAUGUAGGUAAUAAUUGUAUAAUAAACAAAACAAAACUAUACGUUUUACAUUACACUAAAUCUCAUUAAAGUAUAUUAUAUAGGUAUAAUAGCGCAUAGAUAAUUUUAAAACUUUUUUAUUAUUGUAUUAUUAUACUAUUAUAUUUUAAGACAAUUAAUAUUUAUUUUAUAAUAUUAUAUUAUGUUUAUCUAUGUAUACUUCUGCCUAUUUUACUGGCUUUUUAAAUAAACGUCUAUAAUCGACUACUUAACUCACUAAACAUAACUGUAACUAUUUUGUUGCUCUUCUAAACAAAGUUUGAAGAUUUGCGCUUGUUCAACUAAAAUAAAUAAGUAGGUAAGUUUUUGGUAAAACAUUUUUACUUCAACACAAUAUAUUAAGGAUUAGAUAUUAAGGAUAUGGGACGGACAUUAGGAGGACGCAUGUAACAAAAACUAUUUAUAGGAUAGAGAAAGUAAUGUACACCUUUUUAACGUUGGUUUUAUUACAGUGUAAGCAUUAUGGGCGCGAUUAUAGGAAGUGUUUAGUACUCCCA